AUGUCACACAACUCCAGCCAGCAGCCCCCCUACAACAACUCGGCACCCGUCUGGGACUACCGCUAUCCUUCAGAGCAACCGCCCUCGACUUCGACAGAGAGCUGGAUCCCGGCCUGGAUCUCAAACGACCCUUCCGGGCCGAGAGAUCCGCUGGAUUAUGGAUCUGGUCAGGCCCUGCAGCCGGGAGAGAGCUCUACUAGGGGCACGCUUCAGUACCAGGGGCAAGGACAGAUGGGCACAUCGCAGAUGUCGCCGCAAAUACCUCAAAUGCAAGGGGCCAGUACAAAUCAUGGGUAUACCCAUUCGCCUGUAUUAGCCGUCAAGACAUCGCCCCAGUUUGAUGGGACGCAUCACACGGGCGAACCAUCCCAGCCGCCGCCUUCUGCGGUAUCUGCUGCAGCCGAAGACAAGCCUGAUGGAGAUGUCCCUGCAGCCAAAAAGAGCAGGAAGCGAAAGAAAAAGCCGGAAGAGGAAGAGGCUGCAAAGAAGAACAAGCUGGAACAAGAAGCGAAGGCAGACAAGAAUAAGGAAGAGGCUGCGAGGAAGGAAGCUGCAAGGCAAAAGACUGGGAGGGCAUGUGAUGCUUGUCGGUCAAAAAAGACAAGAUGCGACAUUCUUCCCGAUCCAUCAGCAAUGGGACAGCCCAUCUGCAAGAAUUGCAGUCGUAACGACCUGGAAUGUACAUUCUUCCUCCCCAUCACGGAAACGCGAUUCAAGAAGAAGGCCAUUCAGCCUACAGCAGAGCCCAUCCCUGACCAAGGCGUAUCCCCUACGGUCACCAAUACAAUACGGCAGGUCUCGUCGAGCCAUAGUCCCAACUAUGAAAUCGUCAACGAGCCGAGAAAUCGCGAAGUCCCCAGCCCCACUUCGAUAUCGUUCUUGAUCCACACCAGUGUCCCGCCUAUACAAUCCGAAGCGUACGACCUCCGCCACCACAACUCGUGGGAGGUUCUAGAAGACGGCAACGGCUUCAUCCGCGUCAAUGCCCCUCCUACCGCUACCGGCUACGCCGACGCCGAUCCGCAAGAUCCUUCCAAAGCCCACAACAGGCUGAACAAGCCAGUACUAUCCGCACAGACCAUGUCGCUUUUGGUGAAUGCCUACUUUAACGAGGUCGCCCCUCUACUUCCAAUCAUCUCGCGAGCCGAAUUUGCGGCAAAAUCGAAUCCUCCGCCCUUGCUGCUGUAUUCCAUCUGCGGAAUGGGCGCGACGAGGAGGCAGUUUCCCAAAGAGAUAUAUACUGGCGUGAGGGGAGUGAUCAAUGGUAUACUGCGGUCAAACGAUAUACUCAGCGACGCGAGGCUGGAGAAUGUGCAGGCAUUGCUACUACUGUCACAAGUACACGACGUACACGCCCAGCCUUCGGCCCCUACUGCUAGUGCUUCGUCCAUCAGGACCAACGUCGCCAUCAGAAUGGCGCAAGAACUUGGUCUCCAUCGAGAACUCUCUCAUGGCACCGAAAAGACCCAAGACCUCGAACUCGUCGAGCUCCGCCGCCGCGUCUGGGCUGCCUGUGUCAUCAUGGACAGAUGGAAUGGAGUCGCGCUCGGCGCGCCUCUCACCAUAGAUCUCGCCGACUGCGAUGUGCUCCUUCCCAUGGCUUACACCAUCGAUCCGGACCAAGAUGUCUCGGCUUGGAAGGUCAAUGAAGAGUAUGUGGGGCUGGCGCAGCAUUUAAAGCUGUCGAUUUUGCUGGGAAGGGUCUUGAAGACCAUCUAUAGCCCAACGGGGCUGAAACAUGCUACGGACGACAAGCUGCAAAAGUUGACCAAGGAUAUCAACGAUUGGAUCAUCAACCUGCCCGACGCCUUGAAGUUUACCGGGCCCGAUAGCUCGCGCAUUGCUGGCCUUCUUCACAUGUCUUUUGCCACUGUACAAUUCCUCUUCUGGCGCGUCUUUAUGCGCAUCGAGUAUCAUUGUCCACCUCAAAUUUCCUUCGGCCUGGACGUCCAACAAUGGUCCAAGAUCAUCGAAUGGUCGCGCGAGGCUCUCGAAUGGCUCGACAAGCAUGACGACGCGCUGGAUACGGUGUUUACGUACUCGUAUGCGGCGACAAAUUGCGCACUGAUCCAGUACCAUACGUGGGCGAGGAGAGGAGAUCAAGCGGCGUUGGGAAGUCUGAGGUUGGUCAAGGAGACGGCUACGAGAUGGGAGGCGGUCGUGCAGCCAGAUCAAAUGAGUCUACGCCGCAAAAACUGCGAGACCCUCGCGCUUCUUUACGAAGCCGCUCUCAAGACCAACCCGUCCGGCAAAGAUUCUUUGGCCACCUCGAACCCCAACCGUGUAGGCAACCCGACCGCGGGGGUCUCUCUACGAACUGAACCCGCCAAAGUCGUCUUUGUCAAAGAUUCAUCCCGUCCUGGCGGUGGCUUUUACGUGGCGCGAGAUGAGCAGGAGAAAAAGGCGAGUGGGCUGACAGAGAAUGUCAUGUUGGAGAGCGAGUACAAGGAAGAGAGGCUGGGUGAUGUGAUUACGCCGGAGAGUGUGCGGAGCUUGCACUCUCGCGGUGGAGGGUCGGGGCAGGACAAGCCGGUGGAGUCGUUUACGGGGCAGUCGGUGCAUUCGAAUGGCUCGGUGCAGGGCAGCACGCCUAUGAGCAUGCCGGUCAUGCAGCCGCCGCAGGAAAUGAUGCCCCCGCAAGCGCAUCAGCAGCCUGUCGACGGCAUGGGCAAGAUGCUCGGCAUGCACCAUGCCCCGUUCCAGGAUAUGCAGAAUGUAAAUCCCAAUCUUGGGUUCGGGGAGCAUGGGCAAGUGGAUUUCGGCUACCAACAGAUUGCCAAUCCCGCUACACCUGCCAGGACAAGGAACGACAAUAUGCUGGAGGCUAACAUACUCGAUUCUCUCCCUGUCAGUACGUUUGACUGGGCUAGCUGGCAGUCAUACUUUGAUAGCUACCUCCCUCCCGGGGUCGCUCCUCCUCCAGGGCCUGUCUCCCAGAUGCCACAGCCCCCUUUGAACGGCGGGAUGAACGGCGGGCAGUACCCGUCUAUGUGA